CUCUGAUCUUUUCUCCCCCCCUCUGUGUGUCUCAGAUGUACAGUCAGCAGCCUGACCAGUACGAAGCUCCGGACAAGGAUUUCAUGAUCGUGGCUCUGGAUCUUUUAAGCGGUUUAGCUGAGGGACUGGGGGGCCACGUGGACACACUUGUGUCCCGCAGUAACAUCAUGACGCUGCUUUUCCAGUGCAUGCAGUCCCAGGAUACGAUGCCUGAAGUGAGACAGAGCUCAUUUGCUCUGCUGGGCGACCUGACCAAGGCUUGCUUCCCUCAUGUCAAACCGUGUAUUGCUGAAUUCAUGCCGAUCCUCGGGACAAAUCUCAACCCGGAGUUCAUCUCCGUCUGCAACAAUGCUACCUGGGCCAUAGGAGAGAUCUGCAUGCAGAUGGGCGUGGAGAUGCAGCCAUACAUCGCUAUGGUUCUGAGCCAGCUGGUUGAGAUCAUUAAUCGACCCAACACCCCCAAGACCCUGCUGGAGAACACGGCGAUCACCAUCGGUCGCCUAGGAUACGUGUGUCCUCAGGAGGUCGCGCCCGUGCUGCCGCAGUUCAUCCGACCCUGGUGUACGUCCCUGAGGAACAUCAGAGACAACGAGGAGAAAGACUCUGCCUUCCGGGGGAUCUGCAUGAUGAUCGGUGUGAACCCAGGAGGCGUGGUGCAGGACUUCAUCUUCUUCUGUGACGCAGUGGCCUCCUGGGUGAGCCCUAAAGACGAUUUGAGAGACAUGUUCUAUAAGAUCCUGCAUGGCUUUAAGGAGCAGGUCGGGGAGGAGAACUGGCAGCAGUUCUCAGAGCAGUUCCCCCCCCUGCUGAAGGAGAGACUGGCAGCGUGCUACGGCGUUUAGAUUCUCUACACCCACCCAAGAGGUAAUCCCACACACACAUCCUUGUUUUAACUCAAAGGAAUGGCUGGCUGAUAACGGCUUAUACAAAAUAUCUCUAUGUUUAAGCUUUGCCGUGAUACACACCAGACACUUACAGCAUGUUCUAGUAAACUAAUCUGAAAACCAGUGUACUACUUGGAAGUCAAAUUGGUAAUUGGAAAAGUGUCUUUAUAAACUUAAACCUAUUAUUUACACUAUUUAAUUUGUUCUUCUAAUUACAAUUUGUGUGCCAUAUUAAAAAUGUAU